GUGCUCUUUCUUCCUUCUUUCUUUGCUAGCUCACACACACACACACUACAUUUUACACUAUACAUAUACAUAAUUCUGUAUCUAUCUUUCUCUCUCUUAACUCACUUUUACUAUCUUCUUUCUUUCUUUCUUUCUUCAUACAUAUAUUUCUUCUUCUUUGCUUCUUUACUACGAUACCUCUUUAGUCUUUCUUCAAAUGCAAUAACAAAAGAGAGAGAAAAACACAACAUCUUCUCUUCCAAGGAGGCUGUUAGCUUUCUUCUGUGUCUUGGAGGUAGAUCUGCAGUGAAGAUCUCGAGAUCACAGCAAAGCUGGCGGCCACACUAGCUUGGAGGUUCACUGCUGCCAAUGGCAGCAGUCUUGCCAAUAAUGAUAUGGAAAGAAACGGGGAUUCUAAACCUCAUGAUAUGGAGCCUCCAACUCCACAUUCACUCAUGAAAGCAUCUUCGAGAGAUCGUAGUAGCAUGGAGGAUCCAGAUGGGACAUUAGCAAGUGUUGCUCAAUGCAUUGAGCAGUUACGGCAGAAUUCCUCUUCCAUGCAAGAGAAAGAACAUUCACUUAAGCAAUUGUUGGAGCUUAUUGAUACACGAGAAAAUGCAUUUAGUGCUGUCGGCUCACAUUCUCAAGCUGUUCCAGUACUUGUUUCUUUACUCCGUUCUGGCUCACUUGGGGUAAAGAUGCAGGCUGCUACAGUUUUGGGUUCUCUGUGUAAGGAAAAUGAAUUGCGAGUGAAAGUGCUAUUAGGAGGUUGCAUACCGCCUCUCCUUGGUCUUCUCAAAUCAAGCUCAGCAGAAAGUCAGAUUGCAGCAGCAAAAACGAUAUAUGCUGUCUCCCAAGGUGGUGCAAAGGAUCAUGUUGGGUCAAAAAUAUUUUCAACUGAAGGAGUUGUGCCAGUAUUAUGGGAGCAAUUAAAAAAGGGAUUAAAAGCUGGAAACAUUGUGGACGACUUACUAACAGGAGCUUUAAAAAACCUUUCAACCAACACUGAGGGAUUCUGGUCUGCAACAGUACAAGCUGGAGGAGUGGAUAUACUUGUUAAACUACUGAAUAAUGGACAGCCAAGUACUCAGGCAAAUGUCUGCUUUCUCCUUGCUUGUAUGAUGAUGGAGGAUUCUUCUGUUUGCUCAAGAGUUUUAGCUGCAGAGGCCACCAAACAACUUCUUAAAUUACUUGGAUCUGGCAAUGAAGCCCCAGUUAGAGCAGAAGCUGCAGGCGCUCUUAAAUCUCUAUCUGCCCAAAGCAAAGAAUCCCGGAAGGAAAUAGCAAAUUCUAAUGGUAUUCCUGCUCUGAUAAAUGCUACCAUAGCUCCUUCAAAAGAAUUCAUGCAGGGCGAGUACGCCCAAGCUUUGCAGGAGCAUGCAAUGUGUGCACUUGCAAAUAUUUCUGGUGGCUUGUCAUAUGUCAUUUCAAGUCUUGGUCAAAGCCUUGAAUCUUGCAGCUCACCUGCACAAGUAGCUGAUACAUUGGGGGCUUUAGCUUCGGCUCUCAUGAUAUAUGAUAGCAAAGCAGAAAAUUCAAGAGCAUCAGAUCCUUUGGAGGUGGAAGAAACACUGAUUAAGCAAUUUAAGGCUCGCUUACCCUUUCUAGUGCAGGAGCGUACCAUUGAAGCACUUGCCAGUUUGUAUGGGAAUCCUGUACUGUCUAGCAAGCUUGCGAAUUCUGAUGCAAAACGCCUAUUGGUUGGUCUGAUCACAAUGGCCACAAAUGAAGUUCAGGAUGAGUUGAUAAGGUCCCUUCUCUUUCUAUGCAAAAAUGAAGGUAGCUUAUGGCAUGCGCUACAAGGUCGUGAGGGAAUUCAGCUGUUAAUCUCUCUUCUUGGGCUCUCAUCAGAGCAGCAACAGGAGUGUGCUGUUGCUCUUCUUUGUCUUCUAUCUAAUGAAAAUGAUGAAAGUAAGUGGGCCAUUACAGCAGCUGGUGGCAUACCUCCACUUGUUCAAAUUCUGGAAACUGGGUCUGCCAAAGCUAAGGAAGAUGCGGCAACUAUCCUUGGAAACCUCUGUAAUCACAGUGAAGAUAUCCGUGCUUGUGUUGAAAGUGCUGAUGCUGUUCCUGCUUUGUUGUGGCUUCUGAAGAAUGGUAGCUCCAACGGGAAGGAAAUUGCUGCAAAGACACUGAACCAUUUGAUUCACAAAUCAGAUACUGCUACUAUUAGUCAACUCACUGCACUAUUAACUAGUGAUCUUCCAGAGUCUAAGAUUUAUGUCUUAGAUGCAUUAAAAAGUUUGCUCUCGGUGGCGCCUUUGAGCGAUAUGUCACGUGAAGGUAGUGCAGCAAAUGAUGCUGUUGAGACGAUGAUAAAGAUAUUAAGCUCCACCAAGGAAGAGACUCAGGCUAAGUCUGCUUCAGCUCUUGCUGGAAUUUUCCAUCUCAGGAAGGACCUGCGAGAAAGUACCCUUGCUGUGAAGACUUUGUGGUCACUCGUGAAGCUUCUGAAUGUUGAACCUGAAUCCAUCUUAGUGGGUGCAUCAAGCUGCCUUUCUGCAAUAUUUCUCUCUAUUAGAGAAAGCCGUGACAUUGCAGCAAUUGCUAGAGAUGCAUUGCCUUCAUUAAUGGUGCUUGCAAAGUCCUCAGUUUUACAAGUUGCAGAACAAGCAGUAUGUGCUUUGGCCAAUCUUCUUUUGGAUCCCGAGGUGUCUGAGAAAGCAAUUCCCGAAGAAAUUAUCUUGCCUGCUACUAGAGUUCUUCGUGAGGGCACAACUGGUGGAAGGACCCAUGCUGCCGCAGCAAUUGCUCGUCUUCUUCAAUUUAGUGAGGUUAAUUCUGCCUUAACUGAUUGCGUUAACCGUUGUGGAACGGUUCUUGCAUUAAUUUCUUUCCUAGAAUCAACUGGCAGCGACUCUGUUGCUAUUUCAGAAGCUUUAGAUGCACUUUGUUUCCUCUCAAGGCUGGAAGGAGCUAGUGGUAUCAAACCUGCAUGGGCAGUUCUAGCUGAAUAUCCAAACAGCACAAUCCCAGUGGUUUCAUGCGUUGCUGAUGCCUCACCGGCGUUGCAAGACAAAGCAAUUGAAAUAUUGUCAAGACUCUGCCAAGCUCAGCCCACUGUUCUUGGUGAUGCUAUUGCUUGUGCCUAUGGAUGCAUUUCUUCAGUUGCAAGGAGGGUAAUUAGUUCCUCCAAUGCUAUGGUUAAAAUAGGAGGGAGUGCACUUCUUGUUUGCGCUGCAAAAGUGAAUCAUCAGAGAGUGGUGGAAGAUCUAAAUGAAUCUCAGUCUUGUAUUCCACUCAUUCAAUCAAUUGUUGGGAUGCUUAAUGCUUCAGAGUCUCUACAUUCGGAAGACCAGGGGGAUAAGAUUGCAAUAAGCAUAUCCAGGAAUGCUGAAGAAGAAUCAAGAAAGGAUGAGACGGAGAAAAGUACUUUAGUUGUUUCCGGGGUCAAUAUAGCUAUUUGGCUUCUUUCUGCUCUUGCCAGUCGUGAUGACAAAAGUAAAGUUGAGAUUAUGGAGGCUGGUGCAAUUGAAGUUCUUACAGAGAGAAUCUCUCAAUCUUUUACACAGUUUACCCAGAUUGAUUUCAAGGAAGAUAGCAACAUAUGGAUUUGUGGAUUGCUUCUGGCUAUCUUAUUUCAAGAUAGAGAUAUCAUACGAGCAAAUGGAACGAUGAAGGCCAUACCCGUGCUAGCUAAUCUGUUGAAGUCAGAAGAGUCAGCAAACAGGUAUUUUGCUGCACAAGCCGUAGCCAGCCUUGUCUGUAAUGGUAGCAGGGGAACUCUGCUGUCUGUUGCAAAUUCAGGAGCACCAUCCGGACUCAUAACGUUGCUUGGUUGUGCUGAUGAGGAUAUAAAGGACCUUGUUGCACUAUCAGAGGAAUUUGCUUUGGUCCGUAACCCAGAUGAAGUUGCACUUGAGAGGUUAUUUAGGGUCGAUGAUAUCAGGGUGGGUGCAACUUCUAGGAAAGCUAUGCCAGCCCUUGUUGACUUGCUAAAACCUAUCCCUGAUCGUCCUGGUGCACCUUUUCUAGCUCUUGGACUUCUGAUUCAGCUUGCCAGAGAUUGUCCUUCAAAUAAAAUUGUUAUGGCGGAAUCUGGGGUUUUGGAAGCACUGACUAAAUACCUUUCACUUGGUCCCCAAGAUGCAACUGAGGAAGCUGCCACUGAUCUGUUAGGUAUCCUAUUUACUACUGCUGAAAUAUGCAGACACGAAUCUGCUUUUGGUGCUGUUGGUCAGCUAAUUGCAGUUUUACGUCUUGGUGGAAGAGGGGCAAGAUAUAGUGCUGCCAAAGCCUUGGAAAACCUGUUCUCAGCGGAUCACAUCAGGAAUGCAGAAUCAGCUAGACAGUCUGUUCAACCUUUGGUUGAGAUUCUAAAUACUGGUCUGGAGAGGGAGCAGCAUGCAGCCAUUGCUGCAUUAGUUAGGCUUCUCAGUGAGAAUCCUUCAAAAGCUCUUGCGGUUGCAGAUGUCGAGAUGAAUGCAGUGGAUGUUCUUUGCCGAAUUCUUGCAUCAAGCUGCUCAAUGGAGCUGAAGGGUGAUGCAGCCGAGUUGUGUUCUGUUUUGUUUGGAAAUACAAGAAUAAGGUCUACAAUGGCUGCAGCUAGAUGUGUGGAGCCUUUGGUUUCUCUUCUUGUUACUGAAUAUAGUCCUGCUCAUCAUUCUGUUGUUCGUGCAUUAGAUAAACUAGUGGACGAUGAACAGCUGGCUGAACUAGUUGCAGCACAUGGUGCAGUCAUUCCCCUUGUUGGCCUUCUUUAUGGCCGAAACUAUUUACUUCAUGAGGCUAUUUCUAGAGCUCUUGUGAAGUUGGGGAAAGACAGGCCUUCCUGUAAGAUGGAAAUGGUCAAGGCUGGGGUUAUUGAGAGUGUGCUUGACAUUCUGCAUGAAGCACCAGAUUUCCUGUGUGCUGCAUUUGCUGAAUUGCUCAGAAUACUGACAAAUAAUGCUACCAUUGCGAAGGGACAAUCUGCUGCAAAGGUGGUAGAGCCACUUUUUUUAUUGCUGACGAGACCGGAGUUUGGACCUGAUGGGCAACACAGCACGCUGCAGGUCCUUGUGAAUAUCCUAGAGCAUCCACAGUGCCGAGCUGAUUAUACCUUGACAUCUCACCAAUCUAUAGAACCUCUUAUUCCCUUACUUGAUUCUCCCGCUUCUGCCGUGCAACAACUGGCUGCUGAGCUUCUGUCUCACCUGCUUUUGGAAGAGCACCUGCAGAAGGACUCAGUUAUCCAGCAAGUGAUUGGUCCCUUGGUACGGGUCCUUGGUUCUGGUAUACCCAUUUUGCAGCAGAGAGCUGUGAAGGCCUUAGUCUGUCUUUCACUAACUUGGCCAAAUGAAAUUGCAAAAGAAGGUGGCGUUGGUGAGUUGUCUAAAGUUAUACUGAACGCUGACCCUUCACUCCCUCAUGCCUUGUGGGAGUCAGCUGCUGCAGUGUUAUCCAGUAUUCUACAGUUUAGCUCUGAGUUCUAUCUGGAAGUACCUGUUGCAGUGUUGGUAAGAUUGCUUCGCUCUGGCAACGAAGGCACAGUUCUUGGUGCAUUGAAUGCUCUUCUUGUGUUGGAGACUGAUGACUCCACCAGUGCUGGAGCUAUGGCUGAAAGUGGGGCGAUUGAGGCUCUCCUAGAACUUCUCAGAUGCCACCUUUGUGAGGAAACUGCUGCAAGACUCCUUGAGGUUUUGCUGAACAAUGUGAAGAUCAGAGAAACAAAAGCCACCAAGUCAGCAAUUGUGCCCUUAUCACAGUAUCUUUUGGAUCCGCAGACUCAAGGGCAACAAGCAAGGUUACUGGCAACUCUUGCUCUCGGUGACCUAUUCCAGAAUGAGGCUCUUGCUCGAAGCAGUGAUGCUGUUUCAGCUUGCCGGGCGUUGGUGAAUCUGCUUGAAGAUCAGCCUACUGAAGAAAUGAAAGUCGUCGCUAUAUGUGCCUUACAGAACCUUGUCAUGUAUAGCAGAUCAAAUAAGAGAGCAGUUGCAGAAGCUGGUGGUGUCCAGGUUGUGUUAGAUCUGAUUGGGUCAAGUGAUCCAGAGACAUCAGUACAGGCAUCAAUGUUCAUCAAGCUUCUCUUUUCCAAUAAUACAAUUCAAGAGUAUGCUUCAAGUGAAACUGUCAGGGCUAUCACUGCUGCAAUUGAGAAAGAUUUGUGGGCAUCGGGAACUGUAAAUGAGGAGUACCUUAAGGCACUGAAUGCGCUAUUUGGAAACUUCCCCCGUCUAAGGGCUACUGAACCUGCAACCCUGAGUAUUCCACAUCUAGUGACAUCCCUGAAGAAUGGUUCAGAGGCAACUCAAGAAGCUGCUUUGGACGCUCUGUUUCUUCUCCGACAAGCUUGGUCAGCAUGUCCUGCUGAAGUGUCUCGAGCACAAUCAAUUGCUGCUGCAGAUGCUAUUCCAUGGUUGCAGUAUCUGAUACAAUCAGGUCCCCCUCGGUUUCAGGAGAAGGCAGAAUUUUUAUUGCAAUGUUUGCCUGGGACUCUGGUUGUAAUAAUAAAGCGAGGGAACAACAUGAGACAAUCAGUUGGAAAUCCAAGCGUUUUUUGCAAGCUUACCCUUGGAAAUACUCCACCUCGCCAAACAAAGGUUGUUUCAACUGGUCCUAAUCCAGAGUUCGAGGAGAGGUUUUCAUGGUCAUUCGAAAGUCCUCCUAAAGGCCAGAAGCUUCAUAUUUCAUGCAAGAAUAAAAGCAAAAUGGGCAAGAGUUCAUUCGGGAAGGUCACCAUCCAGAUUGAUCGUGUAGUUAUGCUGGGUGCAGUUGCUGGGGAGUACACCUUGUUGCCCGAGAGCAAAAGUGGACCCUCGAGGAAUUUGGAAAUAGAAUUCCAAUGGUCCAAUAAGCAGCAGCAGCAGUUGGAAGAAGGUUCUUCUUAAUCAAAUCGCAUAUUAGGGUAGAGGAACAAUUGUUUGGAACUUUUUUCUGUUUUCUGUUUCCUUAUUUCUUCCUGUUUAAUUAUAAGGUGAAUGUAUAUAGUGUCUGGUAUAGGUUUUACUACUCUUUGAUCAUAUUUAGUUGUUGUAACGGCUUUUGUCAAUGUAUUCUUUUGUAACUUGAGUCACUUAGUAUCUUUAAGGAAGGGACAUGGAUUCAUGGUUUGCUUCCUUUGUAUUUUUUGUAUUCAUAUUUGUUUGUUGAAAGAAAACAAUUUUUUCUGUUUGGACUGCCAA